CAGCCCUCACAAUAACCAAUAAGUUGUACAGUGAGUUAUUGAGCGACUGCACUGUGUGCCGAGGAAAGAUGUUGCGUGUCGUGGGAAGACCAGACGGACGACAGACACCCCUCAGUCUGUACUGCACCUCAAACAGACAGGACUAUGGUAGGGAUGGCUUCAUACCAUGCUUAGGUCAUCACUAUGGAACAGGCUUCUCUGCCAAUCUGAGACCUGCUGCCUACUAUACACCCAGCCUUGAUCAGCACGACAAUCCCAAACUAGGUGUCUCACUGUUAGAUAGUUUUCAGUCCCAGACUAAGCGUCAUUACCCUCAGCUGGGUGUGCCCAGUGGGACUGAGCCUCUACCCAGUGGCAGAUUGAAGAGCAGGGAGAGUGGCUACCUGCAGCUCCACACACAGCCCAGACCUAGAGCAGAGUUCCGCCAGACAGAAUACAAAGGAAGUUAUGUUCCUUACUGGCAGACAGACUCAGUUUGCCAUAAACAUCAGAUCAUUGGCACAAAACAGGAGAGUGGGUUUACUAAGGAAAGCAGUCUGAAGUACAACACAUUACUACUGCACAAUGUCCCCAUGACACAGAGAAGUGUGACACAGAUGGACUUCCUGCCUGCGGUGUUCCCUCAGGGCAGUGAGAUGUUACCCAAACUUGCCUCCCAACUGGAACAAACUUCUGGCUGCAGGCGGAAGGACCUUUUCUCCGCUGGCAUAUCUGUUGGGCUGAAGGUGAAACAGUCUGUCUUGCUGCCCACUCCCUCUCCCUACCUGAUGAGUUGUGCUGUCUUCCAGGAAGCCUCAGGGUUCGUCCUUAAUGCCCCAACACUCAGGACACUGUCAGACACACCCUCUGAUCCACUCCAAUUCCUCUCACACUACCGGAGCAAGUUCUGUGACACAUCAGCAUUCGAAGGACUUAAGCCAGGCUGGGAGAAGGGAGGGAUUUACAGACACAGAGAAAGUGGAUUCAGUGGCCGAGACACAGAUAGGUUUAUUCUCUGUGGAUAUUAAUCAAGAUAUUUUC